AUUUUCUUCAGGUUCAUUCAUACAUUCACUUCGGGGGCGGACUAUAUAAGCUACACGUUGAUAGAAGUGGAGCUUCAGUUUCAUUUGUGCACGAUGCUCUGAGAAUCUUGGUAUUAUUUUAAAAAAAUUAAACCACAUACCUUAACCUCAAAGUGUGGCCAUGGUGCAAAAUUUCGUGAGCGGGAGCACUUUCCUCUUGUAUUAUUUUUUUCUGUGCCCUUUGAUCAUCGCCAAUGAAUACGAUUUGCCACCCCACAUCAUUGUCAUCAUGGCUGAUGACUUGGGCUGGGACGACGUUGGCUUUCAUGGCUCUAACGAAAUUCCUACGCCAAACAUCGAUGCUCUUGCUUACAAUGGUAUCAUUCUGAAUAGGCAUUACGUACUGCCGUCUUGUACGUCCUCAAGGGCUGCCUUUUUGACCGGCCGAUAUCCAACUCGGAUGGGAUUGCAGGGCGAUAGUAUCCAAGGUGGCGAACCUCGUGGACUUCCGAUAGAUAUAAAAAUACUUCCAGAGCACUUACAAAAACUUGGAUACGAAACAAGAUUGAUUGGAAAAUGGCACGUGGGUUUUCAUACUCCACAACAUACUCCUCUUCAUCGUGGAUUCGAUUCCUUCUUAGGAUUUUAUAACAGAUACAUCAGUUAUUACGAUUAUCGAUAUACCCAAGGAAAUAUGAGCGGAUACGACAUGCAUAUUGAUGAUCAACCAGCUUAUGGGUUAAAGCAUGAAUACGCAACAGAUCUCUUUACUAACGAGGCUGUCAGGAUCAUCGACAAUCAUUAUUCUCAGAGACCACUCUACCUUCAAAUUUCUCAUCUGGCUGUACACGCUCCUCUUGAAUUUCCACCCGAUGAUUACCACGAAGAGAAUUUCACGCAUAUUAAGGAAUACGAAAGACGCAAAUAUGCUGCUAUGGUCACGCGUUUGGACAAUUCUGUCGGAAGGGUGGUUUCGUCUCUUGGAGAUAGAGGAAUGCUGAAGAAUUCGCUUAUACUAUUUCUUACGGAUAAUGGCGGAGCACCUACCGGUAAAUAUAGGAAUUGGGCGUGGAACUACCCUCUGCGUGGUACUAAGUACACUUUGUACGAGGGUGGUGUUCGCGGUGUAGCAGCAAUAUGGUCACCGUUGUUACAGGACGUGGCCCGAGUAUCAGAUCAAUUAAUACAUAUCACUGAUUGGGUACCAACAUUAUAUGCAGCAGCAGGAGGAGACAUACGAGAUUUAAGAGAAUUAGAUGGCGUUAAUCAAUGGCGUGCGUUGAAUCAUAGUGGCCAAUCUACAAGUCGUACAAUUUUAUUGAAUAUCGAUGAAAUUUCAAAAACAGAAGGGGCCAUUCACGGGCGAUUCAAACUCAUCAGAGGAUCCAUCGAUCCACAUGGACAGUACGAUGGCUACGUCUGGCCAAUAAAUCACUAUCGAAGACGUGUCACGAUAAGCUACAAUACAACUCGAAUAUUGCACAGUGUAGUUGCAGACAGUAUUAGGACUCAUUUAGGUACGCCAAUCACUCAGCCAAGCACUAUGAUAACUUUACGACAACGGGCUACUGUGGAAUGUCAUACAAAUAGUACAUCUCCUAAUAUCUUUAACGUCUCUACGUGUAACCAGACUGAGUGUCUCUUUGACAUUAUACACGAUCCAUGCGAAACCAAAAAUAUAGCUCAGCAGUAUCCCAUGAGGGUCACGGAUCUAGAUCAAUUUCUAGCGAAGCAUUCUAACUCAUUGAUGAAACAGUUACGUCUACCUGUGGAUCAAAUGGCGGAUCCACGAAGGAAGAAUGGCACUUGGCAACCGUGGCUGAAACCUGGAGUCUUUGUGUAUCCUAAUCCAAAUGGAGCUGGUGCUAUUGGUACCACUGCCAUAUGUGCACAUAUUGGAAUGGCACUGAUAAUCGUGGGGUUGCGAGCUUUUAUCUGACUGCAAGAUACAUUUCCAUCGAAUGGUCGUAAUGGGACAGCCAUUUUUUAUUUUCCUGACGGUAGUAGUAAUAAAGAUCGGAAAAGACUUGGAGAUCACUUUGAUACUUUCACUGAUAUCAGCUUCGUUGACGAAAAUCAAGAGUGUGACGACCUUUGGCGUGAUACUCGUUAAAUAAUUAUUUUCUUAUUAUACAUGAUCAACGCUCGGAUUCUUAAUUAUUCUCAUUUUCGUCCAAGUAUAUUUAUGCUGUUUGACUAGAUGCAUUGUAGAUAAUCAAUUAAUCAAUCAAUGUACGUAGAUAAUCGAUUAAUCAAUCGACAGUCACGUUUACUUUGGUUUGCUAUCCUUGUUCUAAAUCAGCCAACAAAUAUUAAUUGAUAUAAUUUAUUAGUUAUCAAUGUCCAAUCAUAUGAAUUGUAAGAUAUAUACUAUAUUUUGAUAAUGAGAUAAGUGCCUCUUUGCAGACAUAUUUUCUUACCGGUCAGAAUGUGGGAGUCUUUUUAAUGUGACACUGAUAUCACCACCAGACAGACCACUUAUCAAAUAAUGUAAUGUUAUUGCAAAAAAAUUUUGUAUGUUCAAUAUCCAACGGAGAUUUAAUUAUUUAUUCAGCCGUUCAAUAAUAAUUAAGUUAUACUUGUAUAUAUUUAUUAAUCGAGGAACAAGCAAAAUAAAAAUCAAUAUGUCAGAUACGAAUAACACGUAUUACCAUAAGAAGUGCGGAGUGACCAUAUAAAGUUCUAAAUUUCGUAUAAAUUUAUAAUUAAUAUCAAAAUAAGAAUUAAUUAUUUGUCACAAGUGUAGAAAGUGCAGAAAGUUAAUUAUAGGUAUAUUAAUAUGAAUAUUUUCUUUGGUGUCGAAAGUGUCAUGCAAGUUAUAGAAAAAUUUGCCAUUACUAAUAGUUUUUUUUUUCUCUAAGGGUAAUCUAUCGUAAAUGAAAAUCAAUGGAAAAUUUGACCACAGGGUUACCUUCGAUUUCAUGAUUAUAAAAAUUAUUUCACGAUAGACGAUUCAAUGAACUAUACAUAAUUAUUCAGCAAAUGUAACAUAAAAGUUAGAUAUUAGCAAUGCCAGAAGUUCAUAAUUAAGGUUGUAUUUAUUCACGUGCACCCAAUAAUAUUAUGUGCUUGAACAAAAAAAUGAUAACGUUGCUAAUAUGUAACUCUUACUUUAUGAUUGCCGGGUAAUUGUAUAUGAACAAUUAACAGAUAAAUGACAAUGGUUACAUUU